GGUGUCAGCCGCUGUUAAAAACCAAGAAGAAGAAGAAAAGCGCAGCGAGUGUUGUUGUCUUCCUAGUGAGGUGCUGUCAUCUUUAGCAUACAGUUAAACUGUAAAAACGGAGCUUUUUGCCUUCCUCUCUCCACCGCCGAUGAUUUAAGCAGUAUGUGGAUUCCCGCCGAUGGAUGCCACGAGAAACACUGAGGAGAUUUUAGCUGAGAGCUUUAUCCUGCUGCUUGAGCUUGAGCACAAUGUCGGUUUCAGUGGAGAAGAGGGAUGCGUGGUUCCCCCCGGACUGGGAGGAUGACGAGCGAAUGGCUUUCUUGUUCUCUGCCUUCAAAGAGAACCGAGAUGUUGACUGUACAGACUGGGAUGGGAAGAUAGACUUCUGGAGUCCUCUGAUCAUUGAUCACUGCAGGCGACACGGAUCGGUGUGUGUGAAUCUGCAGGAGCUGAAUGAGAGCUUCAGGAGGAAGGGCUCUGUUCCUCUGGGUUUGAGUACGGUACUUCAGAGCAUGAUCAGAAGCGGGAAGGUGCAGAAGGAAUCAGACUUUGCAGCAAAUGUAGACUCGGGCUGGUUGUCAUGGGGUGUUGGACUCUUGUUAGUUCGACCUCUGAAAUGGACUCUGUCAGCUCUGCUGGGCAGUGGGAGAGUCCCACUGGAGGAAUCGUUUGUUGUGAUAGACCUGGUGAAAAAAAGGGCUGCGGUGCUUUUGGCAGCAUAUCGGGCUUCUCCUUUAGCAACACACUCUCUGCUGUCUUUCCAAGAGCUGCGUGCUCUCUCCUCUCACAUCUGUCCAGAUGAAAGCUCGCUCUGCCUGGCUCUGCUGCAGCUACAGAGAGAGAAGCAUGUCACCGUCUCACUCCAUGAAGGCGAGAAGCUGGUGAAAUUUAGUCAGACAGGACAAGGCCGUGUGUCUCCCGUCAGCGAGGUGGACCUGGGCAUCUAUCAGCUCCAGCGCAGCGAGAAGCUUCUGGAGGAGAGGGUGGAGGCGCUGGGACAGGAAGCAGAAAAGUGUAAGCAGCAGGCAAAAUCACUGCUUAAAGAGGGGAAGAAAUCACAGGCCCUGAGGUGUUUACGUGGGAGCAAGCGGGUGGAGAAGAAAGCAGACCGUCUGUUUGCUCAGCUCGAGACAGUGAAGGGGAUCCUGGACAGAAUAGCAAACUCCCAAACCGACCGCCUGGUGAUGCAGGCAUACCAGGCAGGUGUGGCGGCUCUGAGAAUCUCACUGAAGGGUGUGACUGUGGAGCGAGCAGAGAACCUGGUUGAUCAGAUACAGGAGUUAUGCGACACUCAGGAUGAAGUCAACCAGACUCUUGCCAGUGGAGCGCUGGAUUCUGGUAUACACGUUUUUUUCCCUAAAUGUAUUUUCUAAACUAUAUGAAUUUCCCAGAUGAAUUCUGUACAU